AUGCCUAUCUCCAAAAUCCAUGCCCGUUCGGUGUAUGACUCCCGAGGAAAUCCCACAGUCGAGGUGGAUGUCGUCACUGAAACCGGUCUCCAUCGUGCUAUCGUGCCAUCGGGUGCUUCGACUGGUCAACACGAGGCCUGUGAGCUUCGAGAUGGUGACAAGUCAAAAUGGGGUGGUAAGGGUGUCGUGAAAGCUGUUGAGAACGUCAACUCAGUCAUCGGACCUGCUUUGAUCAAGGAAAACAUCAAAUGUGUAGAUCAAUCUGCAGUCGAUGACUUUUUGAUCAAGCUUGAUGGUACUCAAAAUAAAACGAAGCUCGGUGCAAAUGCCAUCCUUGGUGUUAGUCUGGCAGUGGCCAAGGCUGGAGCUGCAGAGAAGGGUGUUCCUCUCUAUGCUCAUGUUUCGGACCUGGCCGGCACCAAGAAGCCAUAUGUUCUUCCUGUUCCCUUCCAGAAUGUCCUCAACGGUGGAUCUCAUGCUGGUGGUCGUCUCGCUUUUCAGGAAUUCAUGAUUGUUCCUAGGCAUGUAUGUCUCGCCAUGCAGGAAUUACCAGCUAACAGAAACAGUACUGCACCUACCUUUUCCGAAGCCAUGCGUCAAGGUUCAGAAGUCUACCAGCAGCUCAAGAGUCUUGCAAAGAAGAAGUAUGGUCAAUCCGCGGGUAACGUUGGUGAUGAGGGUGGUGUAGCUCCAGACAUCCAGUCGCCCGAAGAGGCUCUCGACCUGAUCACUGACGCUAUUGAGAAAGCUGGUUAUACUGGCAAAAUCAAGAUUGCCAUGGACGUUGCUUCGAGCGAAUUCUAUAAGGAGGAUGCCAAGAAGUAUGACCUGGACUUCAAAAAUCCCGACAGCGAUCAAUCUAAAUGGCUUACUGACGACUUAACCGUUACAAACCCUGUCCGCAUCAAGAAAGCCAUCGAGCUCAAGUCUUGCAACGCGCUUCUGCUCAAGGUCAACCAGAUCGGCACGCUUACCGAAUCCAUCCAAGCCGCUAAAGAUUCUUAUGCCGCAGGUUGGGGUGUAAUGGUGUCUCAUCGUUCGGGAGAGACCGAAGAUGUCACCAUUGCCGAUAUUGUGGUUGGUCUUCGUGCUGGUGAGAUCAAGACCGGUGCUCCUGCUCGAUCUGAGCGCCUGGCCAAGCUCAAUCAAAUUCUGCGGAUUGAGGAAGAGCUGGGCCAGAACGCGAUCUACGCUGGGGAGAACUUCCGGAAUGCUGUCAACUUGUGA